GUUCCCACACAAUACUGCCACUGAGCAAUCCUGCAGAGUCACACAGCUUCACCUGGCUUGUUACAUAGGAUUUAUUAAGGGGGCUCUGCAAGCUUUCUCCCCAGUCUGGCCACAGCUGAAGCUCUGCUAUGUUUUAAAAGAGGGAAACAUUGAGAACAAAAGACAGCUACAACCAGCAAUUUUGCACAACUGCCUUUCCAAUUGCCAGAUCAGAAAAGGAUGCAUUACAGAGAAAUGAUGACUUUGACUACAUGGGUUUGUUCAAUUUGGUGCCUUUCCUCUGCUCUGACUAUUGCUGCUAUGAUCUCAGUAGAGAACAACAUAGACAAUGGGAUUCUGGUGACUGAAGAAGGCAAGUAAACUGCAACUUUGCUUCACUGUCCUUAUGGGUCAGGAUUGGGCAAAUCAAUAACUUAAUGUGGCAAUGCUGGCAUGCUGCUGUUAAUGAAAGGCUUACACAGUUUUUUACAUUAUGUUAGGAAGAUAACUUAUUAUUAUUUUGUUUACUGCAUUGUUUAUUUUUCUUUCCAUGGCUGUUUUAUUGCAUGUAUUUGUGUAUAUUGAUUGAGUUAAUGUGUAAUGUAAAUUUCAACGAAUGCAUACACACCACACACACACUUAUAUACACUUAGGUAUAUUAUGCAAAUACGAGUAAAUAUAAAUAUGUCAUAAAGGAUGCUAUGGUCUUCAUAAAUUCAUUAAGUGUUUGUCCAGGAAAAGCAUAUUUAAAGUUGUGUGCUCAUACAUUGUAUUACCCUUUGUGUGUUUAAUGAAUGUUCCCAAUCAUGUUAUAACCCUUUGUGUGCUUAAUGAAUAUUCCCAAUCAUGUUAUAACCCUUUGUGUGCUUAAUGAAUAUUCCCAAUCAUGUUAUAACCCUUUGUGUGCUUAAUGAAUAUUCCCAAUCAUUUUAUAACCCUUUGUGUGCAUAAUGAAUAUUCCCAAUCAUUUUAUAACCCUUUGUGUGCAUAAUGAAUAUUCCCAAUCAUGUUAUAACCCUUUGUGUGCUUAAUGAAUAUUCCCAAUCAUUUUAUAACCCUUUGUGUGCUUAAUGAAUAUUCCCAAUCAUGUUAUAACCCUUUGUGUGCAUAAUGAAUGUUCCCAAUCAUUUUAUAACCCUUUGUGUGCAUAAUGAAUGUUCCCAAUCAUGUUAUAACCCUUUGUGUGCUCAAUGAAUGUUCCCAAUCAAUUUAUAACCCUUUGUGUGCUCAAUGAAUGUUCCCAAUCAAUUUAUAACCCUUUGUGUGCUCAGUGAAUGUUUCCAAUCAUUUUAUUACCCCUUUUGUGCUUAAUGAAUGUUCCCAAUCAUUUUAUAACCCUUUGUGUGCUGGAUAUGAUCUCUAAAAAUCCUUGCAUAUACUUAGUACACUUCCAAAUGCAUGACAUGUAUAUCUGUGUAGAAGGGAUUAUAACGUGGAUUUUUGUGUUUUAGUUACUUUAACCGAUUGCCAAGUGAAGGAGAUGACCCGAUGGGACAAGCUAUUCACCCUGCUGGAGAACUCCCAAAUGAGAGAGAACAUGCUGCUGCAGUCAGUGGAUGAAGUUAUUAAGGUGGAACUGCAGGCUCUGAGAGGGGAAGUCUUGCAGUUUGCCGGUGAUCUCUCAGGGAAGUGUGCCAAUGACAUUGACACUGCCACCUUAAAGAUCACACAGCAACUGGACAAGUCGCUGUCUUCUAAAUGCUUCCAAGUUCUAGAACAAGGCAACAGUUUGGAAGCUUCCCAUGGAAACGUUCUGGAGCAAUCCCUCCAGCUGAGCCUCAACAUCAGCGAUAGACUGGACAGUCUGGAGAGAGGAUUGCAGGAGAAAGCAGAGGAAGAUAGUGCCUUGAAGAAUCUAGCUACAGCAGGAUGCCAGCAAACAGAGGCAGCUCUAGACUCCGCCGUGAAGGAGCUGGAACAGCUGAAGUCUGCCAUACAGCAAACCCAGAUUUGGAUCAACAAACGUUCCCUGCCUGCAGGUAAGAUGUUAAACUACCUACCAGCACUAAAUGUAGCAUGGAGAUAGUGGUGUGGGUCUCAGCACCUAGCAUGGACAAGCAUUGUGGACAUUGUCCACAAAAUCUAGCUGGCCACAUGUUGGCUAGCAGGGAUAGGUUAUCUAGAUCAGUCUGGCUGCUGUGAGCUAUGUUCCCAUACCACACUCAGCCAGCUGUCUGACCAUCACCACUGUACAGCCUUUCUUCACCAUAUGAGUAAUGUCCUGGGAUUUCUGUCACCAGUACUGUGUGCCAUUUAUUAUGUAUUAAUGUAUAUGAAUAGCUACACUGUUCUUUAAUAUACCGGAUAGGUAAGUAGCAAAGUGUACAUGACAGUCCUCAACUAAAGGUUUCAUUUUUAUGCGGGCCCUUAGUUCAUCCCUGGCAGCUUUCCCAUUUAAAACCUUGUGAUCAGAUAUGGUUAUGGUUAUGCUGUCCCUUUAAUAAAUAUAAAGCAAUGUUUAAUUCCCCUCGUAGCUGAGGAUAUUGGGAUUGGCAGUUCUCAUCAGCGGAGGGAUCAAUUGUUGUCAAUGCUAAACUAACAUUUUUUUUUUCAAACAUUUGUUGCUUUAUACUAGAUACAACUUAAAAAGAAGAAAAUAGUGUACGAUUUAUUUACAAAGUGUAUUAUAUAGUACAGCGAUUUUGUUAACUUCAUAUAAAUGGAGAUUAGAAUGAGUAAGAAUCAUUUUUAAAAUGCUGAGUAAUCAUUCCUCUUAAACUUUGAUAAUGAUACCCUUAGCAUCCUGCCAAAAAUAUAUUAAACCGCUUAUAAUGUCUUUUCAGAAGUGUAUGUGUGUAAUUAUGUGUGAAUUCUAGAUUAUAUUUUCUGUAUGUAUCAAGUGAGAAUUUGUAUUUGUAACAAAAGACAAUUUUAUUUUAACAAUAAAAUCAUUGCCUUCUAUUACAUUACAUUUUCACUCCCAUCCAUGAAAUAUGAGCUUUGUGAAGUUAAAUUAUGAAAUUAAAUAUCAGUCUAGUCACUACAGUGAUUUGUGAACUGCAAACUUUAGCACAAAACAGCUGAAUUGAAAAAAAAAAAGGCCAAUUGAACUUGGCUGAGUCCAAGGGAACACAACUGGAAAGAGGAAAAUUCAGGAAAGACAUUUUUAACAAAAAGAGUUGUAGACGCAUGGAAUAUCCUUCCAGUAGACAUGCCAGAGGAUUGAACAGUACAGUGGGAUAGUCACACAGUUGUUCUGGGCAGGAAACAACUCACAACUAAAUUAUGUGUUUCAGGUAAGAAAUGGACAAAGAAGAUGUGCCUUUUGGCUUUUAUCUGCUGAAAUUAAAAUCUGUGUUUCAAUGAAAUUUACUACAAUGUGUCAUUAAGUGAAUACGCCCCUAGUAUUUUACAUUAGAGUCUUUGAUGUGUACAAAUGGCUCUAAAUGUGCGCGCAAAGCAUAUAUGUUGUUUCAUUUACUCUCAAAUGUUCAAACCACUGUCACUGUUCAUAAUAUAUAUAUAUAUAUAUAUAUAUAUAUAUAUAUAUAUAUAAAUAUUUGUGCAUAUUUUGUUUCAUUUUACAACUGUAUGUAUUAAUCAAUAGUGCCUUGCUUAACACAUAUAAAAAGUCCUUAGAUAUUGUUAUUUACAGGUCAUUUUAUCUGACAUUGAACCACACAGUUCCCCAAGUGGCGCCACAACUCUGAGCAUUGCAUUUAAGACAGUCCAUAAAAAAAAAAAAAAUGGCACAGGGAGCAAUUAUGUAAACUGCCAUUCAGCAGGGAUAACACAGAGGAUAUUGUCAGUCUGAUUAAACAUGCCUUAGAUUGAGAGUUAUAUUAAUCCCUAACAUGUAAAUCAUCUCUGUGGAUGUAUUAACCCAUUAACUGCACCAAGUGUCAAGACUGACGUUUGUUCCACUAAAGACAUGAACAGCAGUUUCUGAGGCAAACUAGUAAAAAAUUAAGGUGGAGCAGUCGCCAUGGAAACCAUGGGCUUUUCCUACUAGUUGAGUAACUUUAUGAAAUUUUUUGUAGAAUUGCUCUUUUGUUCUCAUCUGCUGUGUAUUACUAAUAAAGUGAAUUGUAUGAAAUGAGAAAGGCAUUUUUAACCCCUUAGUGACCAGACCGUUUUCCAAUUUUCUUACCGUUUACUAUAGUCACCAGAACAACUACAGCUUAAUGUAGUUGUUCUGGUAAGUAUAAUGGCUCCCUUCAGGCAUUUUCAUGUAAACCCUGCCUUUUCAGAGAAAAGGCAGUGUUUACAUUGCCCCUAGGGACACCUCCAUGUGACCACUCCUUAGAUGGCCACUGGAGGGGCUUCCUGGCUCAGGGCUGCACAGUAGGCAGCCCUGCCGUUCAGCGUCUCCACGCACUGCAUGGAGACGCUGAAUUUUCCUCAUAGACAUGCAUUGAUUAAAUACAUCGAUAUGAGGAGGUCCUGAUUGGCCCCGCCCCCAUGACAAUUUUAGCCAAUCCAAUGCUUUCCCUAUAGGGUCAGGAAUACAUGUUUGUGAUCCUUUAAGGACCAGGGCUGUUUUUACAUUUCUGCGGUGUUUGUGUUUAGCUGUAAUUUUCCUCUUAUUCAUUUACUGUACCCACACAUAUUAUAUACCAUUUUUCUUGCCAUUAAAUAGUCUUUCUAAAGAUACCAUUAUUUUCAUCAUAUCGUUAUUUACUAUAAAAAAAUAUAUAAAAUAUGAUGGAAUUUUUUUUUAAAAAACAUACUUUUCUAACUUUGCCUCCCAAAAUCUGUUACACAUCUACAACCACCAAAAAACACCCAUGCUAAAUAGUUUCUAAAUUUUGUCCAGCGUUUAGAAAUACCCAAUGUUAGCAUGUUCUUAGCUUUUUUUUUACAAGAUAUAGGGCUACAAGUACAAGUAGGACAUUGCUGUUUCAAAAUAUAUAUUUUUAAAAUGUAUUAAUAGUGACAUUGUAACACUAUUAUCUGUCAUAAAUCUCUGAAUCACACCUCACAUGUACAUUUUUUUUUAAAGUAGCCACUUAGUCACAAACUGGCCAAAAUUAGUAUUUAUAUUUGUUUGUGUGUUAAAAAUGCAAAAAACUAUUAACUACGCUAACUUUGGCCAGUGUUUGUGACUAAGUGGCUACUAAAAAAGACUGAACAUACCCCAUUUGCAAUACAUUGGGUUGUCUUCUUUUCAAAAUGGAAUGCCAUCAUGGGGGUAAUUCUUAUUCCUGGGCUACCAUAUGCUCUCAAAGGCAACAUAACCAAUCUGGCAAAUUUCAUUGUGAAAAAACAGAAAAUCAAGCCUUAUAUUUGACCCUGUAACAUUCAAAAACACUAUAAAACCCAUACAUGGAGGUUCUGUUAUACUCGAGAGACUUCGCUGAACACAAAUAUUAGUGUUUCAAAACAGUAAAACGUAUCACAACAAUGAUAUCAUCAGCCUGUCAGUUCAGGCAGUCCCCCUGCAAGCAACAAUAUGGACGCCUAUUGCGGCCAUGUGACCGCUCUUUCAAAAUGAUCACAUGGCCCGUGGGGGUCCUUAUUUGCUAAGGGGGUCUGUCUGGGAUGUCAGACAGUCCCCCUAGAUGGAGAGGAAAUCCGAUUGCCAGCGAGGGAACAGCGGUGAUCGGGUAAGUUAUUACUUAUACUUUUUUUAUUUUUUAAAUAUUUUUUACCUAUUUUUUAAUUUUAUUUAUUUUACUAAGUGCUUCGACCCCUCGAGGCACUCAGCUGACAGGCAGAGCAUUGGAAGCCUGCCUGAUGGCUUCUGAUGCUCUGCUGCACUGCUGGGCGCCACGUGGGGCAACCCGGAAAUGAACGGUCCGGGGGAGUGGUCACCCAGCUACCCGACAGUCAGGGGAGGUAUUGCAGGAUGCCUAGACAUUACAAUGGGGCCACACCAUGCGGGUUGGGGCUGCAUUACUUAGCUGGCGGGACCUGCGGUCGCAGGGUUCCACAGGGCGGACGGGCCCCCUGGAGUGACCUCGGUAGUUGCGCCACUGGUCAUAUCUACCCUAUGUGAUAAAUAUUUCUGCUUAAAUGCUAAUAUAUUACACCUUGCAAGAUAAAGUGUGUGUGUGGAUAUAUACACACACACACACAAAAUUGUAAAAACAAACAAAAGAAUUGAAUACAUUUUACUGCUCUUACUGCUCUUGUUAUCCCUGAACAGAAAAAUAUACACAAAAGUCAUGCUUUCAGGUAAAAAUUCAAAGUGAAUUUAAAAUUUAACGCCAAAUAGCUGAAUGGAUAACAUUCCUGAUUGAGAAUUUCUCCAAUUCAAAUAUUUUUACUUUAAAGGGUUACUAUAGCUCUUUCCAGUGUAAUAUGCCCUAUUGGGCACUGUGGAGAAAGCCCACCCUCUCAAUUUGUAGUAAAGCCUGCUAAAAAAGGUUUUACUUACCUGGUGAAGUAAAACCUGACGUAGAAAAAAAUACAGUGUGGAAUAGAGAGAGGCGGUAGGGAAUGCAGAGUGGGAGAACUAGUUAGCCAAUUCAGGCGUUCUGCCUGCAGAGGGAAGAUUUCUCCGUCUGUUGUCAGCAUGCAGUGCAUGCUUACAAUAGACGUAUUUUAUGCACAGAAUUUACAUUAGACAGUCCGGAACAGAGUUCUGGGCUGCCAAUAUCAUGUGUGCUGUGAAUUUAGCUAACCCCCAGCACACAAUUAAAAAUAUAUCAGUAAGUGCAGUGUUUCAAGUUGAAACACUUCACAUACUGACUACUACCACCACGACCACUUCAAAUCACUAAAUUGGUCAUGGUGGUUGGAGUAACCCUUUCAGUUUGAAAUUCACAGUGAAUUCACCUUGAAUUCUCACUUUAGCAAUAAACCCUUUUUGUCAAUGGUUUAUAUGCUAGGUACACAGGUUUCAAAUAAAUCUUACACUGCAUAUAUAACCAAAAACAUACCAUGCAGCUGGUAAUACAAUAACCGGACACCCCAAAUUUAUACUUGGUAGAUUUCACCGUUGUGAAAAAUGAUUCAGAAAAAAAUAAUUUAAUCAUGUUCUCAUGUUUGAGUUCUUUCAAUAUUGUCAUCAUUAAGAAGCAAGGAAAAUAUUUGAACUCAGAACACGGUGUUGGAAAAUCGUUUCACAGGAAGCAAGUGGUCUUCUUAUUGCAUGUGCUGCACUCUAGUGAAACUUUUUGAGAAAUGUUAUUAGAAACACAUGUAUUAUCGGUUACGUAAUCAUGUACUUCUUGAAAUCAAUGUAACAUAUGGACUGUACACCUAUAGCACCUAUUGGGAAUAGAGAGAUGGAUGUCAUAUGUUUGCAUGGCCAGGGUUUCCUACUGUAACUUGGGAAGGGGGUUGGGAUCAAUGAAAAACUCUAGAUCAGGGGUGCUCAAAAGGUAGAUCCCCAGGUGUCGUAGAACUAUAACUCCCAUGAUGCUUUGCAUGCCUUUGGAAUGCAUUUAGAGGGGCCAAGCAUCAUGGAAGCUGUAGUUUUAAAACAUCUGGGGGACUACCUUUUAGGCUCCCCUGAUCUAGAAAGUGAAAUGGGUGACAAUGAGCCACUACUGUGAGCAAUAGAAAACAGGGCCACCUUGGUAGGCCAGAACUAAACUGGCACUAAAUUGAAAAUUCAAAGUAAAUUUUAAUUUUUAGGCCAAAUUGGAAGCAUAAUUCACUAGGAGAGUUUUUACAAUUCAUAUAUUUUAGCUUUCAAUUCAGUUUGAAUUCACUCUGUAUUCUCAUUUUAGUGACUAAACCUGUGGGAGUUAUACAUCUGGCAAGGAUUAAUCCACUGACUGCUCUAAUCAGUCUUGCCUAUCGAAUGGCAAAUGUUAGAAUGGAGAGGAGUAGUUAGGACAGUGUGUAUAAUGAAAGGGAAAGCAUGUAACAAGACAUACUGGGUGGGAGUUCAAAAGAGAAAGAGACAGCGAGAAAAUAGUGGGUGACUAAUAGAAAAGAAAUAGAUACAGUGCUUUCAUAUAAAGUAAAUUAUACAUCAGUUAACCCGUUAACGCCGUUACGGCGUUCUAUGCCGUCCCGCAUUAAGUGGGCUUUAAAGCCGUUGCAGCGGCAUAGAACGCCGUAACGGCUUUGAGCCCCUGGAGGUCCGCGGUACUCACCUCCGCCGCGAUCCUCUUUUGGAGGGCUGCCUGACAAAGAGCGAUCACAUGGCCCCCUAUAGCUGGCUGUGGAUCUGCCAGCAGGGGGUCUGUCUGAAAUGUCUCAAAUGUGAGACAGUCCCCCUGCUGGUGGGAAAGUAAAAAAAAUAAAUGAUUAGACAUGUUAUAAAAUAAAAUAAAUGUAUUUAUUUAUAUAAUAUAUGUAUAUAUAUUAUAUGUAUAUAAUAUAUAUACAUAUUAUAUAUAUAUGUAACGCCAUACAAAGUGUAUUUUAAUAUUAAUAUAAGUACCUUGCUCACGGUGCCUAGAGAGAUAUCAGCUAUGCCUCACUGAUGAUGCCUAACAAGGCUGAAACGAUCGUCUGGGGUUGCUGUAUCUCUUGUGCAGAGAGUACUUGCUGGCAUUUCAGAUCUGGACUGCCCGUAUGGGUGGGACCAGUCUGAUAUGCUUUAGAUAUGUUCUAUCUGUAAUGGCACAAGAUGAGCUAAAACCAGCUUGAGUUCUGAGCGGGGACCCACCGAAGGGCAGGCUAUUUUAGCUGCUGUCCGUUCUCAGAAUACUCUUGCGACCAAUUUUUUGCUCUCCAUUAAAAUACACUUAGAAUGACGUUACCUAUAUAUAAUAUAUAUAGUGUGUGUGUGUAUAUAUAUAUAUAUACACAAGAGAUAUAUAUACAUAUAUUUUAUAUAUAUAUAUAUAUAUAUAUAUAUAUAUAUAUAUAUACACAUUUAAUUACAAUAAUAAAUAAAUACAAUAAUAAAAUAUUGAAACAAAAUUUAAUAUAAAUUAUAUAUUCAUUUGUAAAUUCAUUCUAACUCUAUUUUGUUAUUAAUAUAUAUAUUGGUAACAAAAUACACUUAGAAUGACAUUCUAUAUAUAAAAUACACUUAGAAUGACAUCUAUAUAUAAAAUACAAAUAACCGCAAAUAUAUAUAUAUAGAUUGAUAAAUACAUAUAAUUACAUAAAAGAUUACAUUAGUAUACACGUAGAAUUUUAAUACCUAAAAAUGCAUAUAUAUUAAAAUUAUACAUGUAUAUUUAAGUAAUCUUUUAAAAUAAUUAUGUGAUUUUAUUAAUUAAAAUUUGAUUGACAUGCCUGACAACAGGGGAGAAAGUAGACCCUGUAACUCUCCAAGACACCAUAAAACCUGUACAUAGGGGGUACUGUUUUACUCAGGAGACUUCGCUGAACUGAAAUACUAGUGUUUAAAACUGGUAAAUUGUAUUACAACGAUGAUAUUUUAAGUAAAAGUGACGUUUUUUGCAUUUUUUACAAACGGACAUCACUUUUAUGGACUAUAUUAUUGUUGUAAUAUGUUUAACUGUUUUAAAACACUUAUAUUUGUGUUUAGUGAAGUCUCCCGAGAAUAACAGUACCCCCCAUGUACAGGUUUUAUGGUGUUUUGGAAAGUUAGAGAGUCACAUAUAAGGCUUGCAUUUCAUUUUUUGACAUUGAAAUUUGCCAGAUUGGUUAUGUUGCCUUUGAGAGCGUAUGGUAGCCCAGGAAUGAGAAUUACCCCCAUGAUGGCAUACCAUUUGCAAAAGUAGACAACCCAAGGUAUUGCCAAAUAUUAGUUUUUUGCUUUUUUCACACAAAAACAAAUAUGAACGCUAACUUUGGCCAGUGUUUGUGACUAAGUGGCUACUAAAAAAGACUAAACAUACCCCACUUUCAAUACCUUUGGUUCUCUACGUUUUCAAAUGGUAUGCAAUUAUGGGGUAAUUCUCAUUCUUGGUCUACCACACCGUCUCAAAGGUAACAUUACUAAUCUGGCAAAUUUCAGUUUGAAAAUGGAACGUUCUAUAUUUGACCCUGUAACUUUCCAAAACACCAUAAAACCUGUUAAUGGGGAUACUGUUGUACUCGUGAGACAUCGCUGAUUACAAAUAUGUGCAUUUUUUUGCAGUAAAACCUAACAGUAUCAUGACAUUAACAGCUAAAAUGUCGGAUGGAAAUACAAAUUUAAAAAAAAAAUCUUAUUUUCUCACAUUAUUUUAAAUUUUAUUCAUAAUAAAUAAUGUUCCAUAUAUGAAUAGUUAAUGAUAAAUUAAAGCCCUGUUUCCCUUGAAUAAAAUGAUAUAUAAUAAAUGUGACAGCGGUGAAUUACGGUUGAACAGACAUAUAGCGCAAAUUCCAGUUUUUGUUUUGAUCAGAACGUGCACUAUUUACUCCGUCCCGAAUGGGUUAAGAUUCACUGCUGUAAAAUAGUAUAAAUAGAUAACAUUCUAUGUAAUAGCACGUUUCAUUCUACUUUAUACAAAAAAACUAAAGGAUAAAAUAUUAGAAAUUUAAUGGGAUUUGGUUUUCUUCUCCAUAAUUAUUUUCCCGGUAUAUAUUUGGAAAGUAUUACUUUUAACACAUUCCAUCCCACAUUGCAUAGAAAGCUAUGCAAAACAAAAUUUAGAGAAAAAAGUAAUUUAAUUCCUUAUCAUCACCAAUUUUGGUCAUCUAGACUUUACAGUUCAAACAGAAGGACUCUAAAAGGCUGACAUGCAUUGUAUUUUAAGUCUUAUUGGCUCUUUGAGUUACAGGGCUGUAAGGAGGAGGAGGUGCUCUGGACAUACUGUAGAACGUUUGUACAAGAUGUAGGAGGCGACUGCAAUGCUAAAUGUAUUUGAUUUUCCUGGGCAGCUGUACCUAAUGUACAUGCAUAUUAAGGAGACAGUUUAGGCAUCAUAACAAUUUAACCCCUUAAGGACCGAGGACGGUUCAGGACCGUCAUUGGCAUUUUUGCGUUGCUGACCGAUGACGGUCCUGAACCAUCCUAACGGUCAGAGCUACUUACCUGAUCGUCGUCGUUCCCCCGGCGGCGAUCAGCGUGGCUCCGGUUGUGGGGAGACUGCCUGCAGCCCAGGCAGUCUCCCCACGGCAGAUUAGGACCCCUGUGGCCAUGUGAUCGCUUAACACAGCGAUCACAUGGUCACAAUAGGUGUCCAUGUGUCUGCCUGCAGGGGGACUGUCUGUGCUGACAGGCAGUCUCCCUGCUAGUGUAAAAUCAAAAAUAAAAAUAAAGUUAAUGUUAAUAAAAAAUAAAUAAAUAAUUAUAUAUGUGUAUAUAUGAUAUAUAGACAUAUAUUAUAUCUAUAUAAUAUAUGUCUAUAUAUUAUAUAUAUAUAAUGUCAUACUAAGUGUAUUUUUAUAUUAAUAUGUACUUAUAUUAAUAUAAAAAUACACUUAUAAUUAAAUUACACACGUAUAUAUAAUAUAUAUAAUAACUAUAUAUAUUGUAUAUAUAUAUUAUUAUAAAAUAUAAAUAAUAAGUAAUUUAAAUUAAAUAAAUUUUUUUUUAAAUAAUAAUAAAAAAUUAAAAAAAUUAUAUAGCUAUAUGAAAUUUUAUUCUAACUGUAUUUUAAAAUUAAUAUAUAUAUAUUUAUAUCAAAAUACACUUAGAAUGAAUUUGUAUAUAUAUCUAUGUAUAUAAAAAUAAAUAAAAAUAAUAAGAAAUAUACAUACGUCCAUAUACAAAAUUACAUAAAUAAUUAUAUAAAUAUACACGUAGACUUCAAAUAUAUAAAUAUGCAUAUAUAUUUAAAUUCUACGUGCGUAUUUAUGUAAUAUUUUUACAUAAUUAGUAAUUUUAUUGAUUGCAAUUUGAGGGACCUGCCUGCCAACCCAGGCCAAAAUUCCAGAGAAUUUAAUUUGCUAGCACUGUAUUUUACCCUGUAACGUUCUACGACACCCUAAAACCUGUACAUGGGGGUACUGUUUUACUCGGGAGACUUCGCUGAACACAAAUAUUAGUGAUUCAAAACAGUAAAACAUAUCACAGCGAUGAUAUUGUCAGUGAAAGUUACUUUUUUUGCAUUUUUCACACACAAACAGCACUUUUACUGAUGAUAUAAUUGUUGUGAUACGUUUUCCAGUUUUUAAACACUAAUAUUUGUGUUCAGCGAUGUCUCCCGAGUAAAACAGUACCCCCCAUGUACAGGUUUUAUAGCAUUUUUGAAAGUUACAAGGUCAAAUAUAUGGGUCAAAUAUUUUUACAUUGAAAAUGGCCAGGUUGGUUACGUUGCCUUUGAGAGCGUAUGGUAGCCCAGGAAUGAGAAUUACCCCCAUGAUGGCAUACCAUUUGCAAAAGAAGACAACCCAAGGUAUUGCAAAUGGGGUAUGUCCAGUCUUUUUUAGUAACCACUUGGUCACAAACACUGGCCAAAAUUAGCGUUCAAUUUAGUUUUUUUACUUUUUUCACACACAAACAAAUAUGAAUGCUUACUUUGGCCAGUGUUUUCGACUAAGUGGCUACUAAAAAAGACUGGACAUACCCCAUAUUGAAUACCCUGGGUUGUCUACUUUAAAAAAAAUAUGUACAUGUGGGGUGUUAUUCAGAGAUUUAUGACAGAUAAUAGUGUUACAAUGUCACUAUUGAUAAAUUUUAAAAAUGUAUGUUUUGAAACCGCAAUAUCCUACUUGUACCUAUAGCCCUAUAACAUGCAAAAAAAAGCAAAAAAGCACGUAAACACUAGGUAUUUUUAAACUCAGGACAAAAUUUUGAAUCUAUUUAGCAGUUUUUUUCAUUCGCUUUUGUAGAUGAGUAAAAGAUUUUUCAAGUAAAAGUCAAAAAACAUGUAUUUUUUUCAAUUUUUCAUCAGAUUUUUGUAUUUUUUUAAAAUUAAAAUACAUGAGAUUAUAUAAAUAAUGGUAUGUAAAGAAAGCCCCUUUUGUCCUGAAAAAAACAAUAUAUAAUUUGUAUGGGAACAGUAAAUGAGAAAGCGGAAAAUUACAGCCAAACACAAACACCACAAAAGUGUAAAAAUAUGCCUGGUCGCAAAUGUACAACAUCGCAAAAACAGUCCAGUCCUUAAGGGGUUAAUGUAAAUUAAGUUGCUAUGGUGCCAGAGGGGCCCCAGAGCACUCUUACCGUAAAGUAAGCCUCCAGCACUAAUUCUCAGGUCCCCCAGGUGGUAUCCGGCUUCUGAAACUCAGUUUCAGGAAGUGUGAAGCAACGCCAGGCCAGGGAGCCGCUGAUUGGCAGAGAGUGGUCAGCUGAUGCUCAAAGCCAAUCAGUGACUCCCCAUUCAUAAAGCUGGCUUGAAAAGAAACAUUUAUUUUACAAGCCAGCUUUAUGAAUAGAAAGUCACUGAUUGGCUGAGACCAUUAGUUGAUCACUGAGUAAUUUAGUGGCGCCCCUCCUGGGCAGUGCUCUGCACUUCCAGAAACUGAGAUUCAGAAGCAAGAUGCUGCCUGGUGGACCUGAAGAUUGGAGGCUCACUUUGGGAUUAAAGCAUUCAAGAACUGCUUAACACCUUAAGGUAAGAGUGCGCACGGGGGCCUCCUGGCACCAUAACAACUUAAUUUAGAUUAAGUUGUUAUGGUGAAGGAAGUGUCCCUUUAAGUCUACAUUUACAAUGUGUAAAGUUUGGCAGCAUAUUUUGUAAUCUACAUUUUCAAAAUGCAUCAGGUUACUUACAAAACUCUAUAGGCAAAGUAUUUGUCUAUUUAUGCAACUAGAGAGAUGCCAUGUAUUAUACAAAGAAUUCAUUUGCACCAGUCUGAAGAAUUCUAAAGUGAGCAAAAUGUAUUCCCUGAACAGCUAUCUAAACACAAAAUUUAUACAUAAUACAUGGAUGCUUAGUAAGUGUUCACAGAACAAAACACACAUGUGAUUUUUCAUGAUUUAAUAUAUUAAUGUGCAAAAGUUAUCAAUUCCCCAAUGUAAUAUGUGUUGUCAGAGAUAUUUCCAAUAUUUAAUCAAUGUCAGUGCUGAGCAAUUGAGCCCAUAUAAGCUGAAGCAAAUGUCCAUGCCUGGUCAUUAUUUUACUUAGAUACCAUUCAUUGGCAAGAAAAAGAAGUGUCUAAUAGAGCAGGUCCUUUCCAAACAUAGGGUGAAAAUAGACAUGCAUCCAAGUUCAUCCUUUCUUACAUCUCUAUUUGUUGCUGAUCCAAAAGAAGGCAAAAAACAAACAAACACGUGUUUAAGCCCUUAAGGACAUACCCUAUAGUGUUAAAAACAAUAUCUAACCCAGCCCUUAUGAUCUCCCCUUGCAACCCUAAAUAUAGUAAAACCUUACCUUUAGUACAGUCUGCUGCUGGCUCUAUCCCUGCUCUGCCUGAUUGGCUGACAUAAUCAGAAGAGGUGAUUUCAGUCAAUCACAAUGCUUUUCCAUAGGAAAGACUGUCAAGGAGGCAGAUCACGGACAGAGCCAGCACAACGCAAAAAACGGCUAAUCAAUAAAUCUCUAUGAGUUCAAUGUCUCCAUUCAGAGGGUGGAGACACUGAAUGUGCUGCACACUGUUCAGCACUGCCCCAGAAAGCACCUUUAGUAGUCAUCUGAAGAUAGGCCAGUUGAGAUAUCCCUAGGCUGUAAUGUAGCCUACAGGGACUGACUAUACUCACCAGAACAACUACAUUAAGCUGUAGUUGUUCUGAUAGCUAAAGUGUUCCUUUAAAGCGCUUUCCAAUUUUGCAACAAACAAAGAAAAAAAAAUAUUUCUCACCUUAAAUCUCUCCUUGGAUCAGCAAGCUGUUACCCCACAUAUUAAAAAUGAUAUCUCUGAAUAUUGUUUUUGCAAGUAGUCACCCAGUUGCUGUUUAAACAUCUGUACAGACUCUGAUAAAACUACCUCUUCAGACUGAGAAUUCCAUCUCAUUGUUCUUACUGUAAAAAAAAAAAAAAAAUCCUUUCCUUUCCCUUAGACUAAAUCUCCUUUCUUCCAGUCUAAACAGACCCUUUAGCAAUGUGGCACAGAAAUCUGAAAAGUGAUAAUGCUGAAAUGAUAGGAGUUCUGAUUGGGAGAGAGUUAUGAUAGAAUUGAGAUUGCCUGAGGAAGAGAGAAGGGGCAGCUUUAAUUUUACAGAGUGCUCAAAAUGUUGGAUGUCAUCCAUAAGUAUAUUAGCUUCAAUAGAAUAAUGUAUAUUUCCACAGUCACUCAAGGCUUGUACCCAGGGCAGCAGGUUGAGGAAGAGUGACUAAAUACAUUAAUUUUUUUAUGUAAAACGCUAUAUAGAAUUGAGCAAUAUAUAAUACAACAUAUUCAUGAGGCAAAAUCCUAUAAAAUAAAGUAUAGUUGUAUUGGUGCCUGGAGUGUCCUUUUAAGGACAUUCACUCAGCUCUAACGCAAAUCCCAGUUCCACAAAAAAAUAAAUAAACUGUAAAUUAAAACAUGGAGUAAUAUGAUUUAAAACAAAUAUAAAGACGAUAUAAUCAUUCUAAAUGUUAUCCAGACGUCUGUGUAAUGUCAACAGUGAAUAAGACCACUGGAUAUGCAACAAUUUAUUAUCUGUCUUUGUUGAUUAGGAUCAUCAAAUAGUGAAUAAGACGUCUAGCUGCUGGAUAAUUUAAAUUCUGACAAUGGAAAAUCAUUCUGUAUUGGGAAACGUGUCUUAAACCAUUCAUUAAAUUAGCAACUCUAAGACAUAUUGAUCAUCCACUUAAAUUGAAACUCUGCCAGAGCUGGCUCUGUUAUAAAUGGAUCCUAGGUGAUUAACUGACUGUAUGUCAACUAUCCAAUGAGCCUAUAAAUAAAUUAAUUAUCUGUUCUAUGUAUAUAAAAAUCAAUGGAUAAAAAAUGAAAGAAAAAAAGAUUUGUAUCUAGAUACAGUGAUAUAAUUAUAUAGAUAUAGUACUCGGAGUCUACCAGCAUGUGUUUUAAAUGCUUCACAGGCGCAUUUAAACCAAGUCUUUCAAAGAAAAGUCUGCAACUGGUUUUGAUUUCGCACAAAGCUUGGAGGAAAGCCAAUGAAGCUCUUAAGGGAGUUUCUAAUCACACUGUUGUUAGUCUUUUACAGAACUGUUUUUAAUUUUAGUAAGCCCUCAGUAAUAAAGUCAAAGGCCUGUUAAUUAAAUAGCCCAUUUCAGAUGGUGUUCCUGACAUUUCAGAACAGCAUCUGAACAAGGUGACCAAAAAUUUAAUUGGUGGAACAAAAAUAUUCAGAAUACAUUUAUCCAAACAAUCAAAUAAAACACGGCUUUGUCUUUAUUUUAAACUGGGCAAAGGUGGAAUGGUUCAUUUGUUCGGGCUAAGGGCAUGGAUCAUUUAAAUCCACACUGGCUCCUUUACACAGGAAAUGAGUCAGACUAAAACCCUGCUGGGAGGCCUCCUGUACAGUCCAUUAAUAGAAUGGUACUUUAUUAAUUGAGACAUUGGAUUCUCCUUAUGUACUUUGUUUAUAUUCACUAAACCUUUAUUUCGCUUUUAUCUUGGAUAGGCAACCUCUGGAAUUCUGGCUUACAUGGGCUGCAUUUCGCAUCAUACUCAAUUAAUUAUGUUGGAUGCUGUAGCCACUAGCUUCAUAGUCAUAGUCAUCUAUAUAUAACACCAUUUAAAAUAACAAUAACAAAAUUAUAAACAUUCCCAUGAGGUGGAUCUCUUCUCUGACGAUCUUAUGAAAGUUAUGUGCCCCUGCUAGCAUAGAACUCUGUUAAUGUUUGUUGUCCAGUGUCAUGUGCAGAAGAGACAGAGAUCUUUCCUAAAGCAAGCACAUUGCUGAACACGUCAACAACAUCUUAUUUGGCCAAAGUUCCAGUUUAUACUAAAGUUGUAUAGCCUUCUGCUCAGACACUGUCCACAUCAAGAGGUUCACAACCCGUGUUCAGGUCACUUGCUUUCCCUAAAUUAUUCUAAGCAUUGCAUUGGAUAUUUUUGGAUAUCUUAAAAAAUAUGUUUUGCUGUAAUUAAAUGGUAUCCAGAACAGUUGAGCUUUGAAGAGUAAGUAAAAUAUCUACAUGAUGCAUGAUUCAUUAGUCUGCUUUAUAAUAUUCCCAGUGUGAUUACCAGCAAUUAGAUACUUCCUGCACUGAGCAAUUAUUCGAAAACCACAGAAUAUAAGCAAACAGUAGAAGAGAGCAUGAGUUAUCAUUGGUUUAUUUAAUAUAGACCAACAGAAUAGUACAAAGUCCUGUAUGGUUGGCACCACAAGAAGUUUUUGAUGUCUGUAAAAAAAUAAAAAAUAAAAUAAAUACAAACGAACAUUCGUCAUCUUGGUUUAAUUACAAAGUCUAAUGGACUUAUAGAAUGCAAGGACAGUUCAGGUCAUGUGUGGAAAAAAAGGGUUGCUCUUUGAGAUAUUUUAUUUUUUAUAUUUUGAAUUAUAUUUUGAAUUAUAUCUCCAAGACAAACACGAUUUUAAUGUGAAAAAUGUAAAGUGAAUUAGUGAUGACAGGUUCAACUUACACUGUAAAAGCUCCUGAAUCAGUAAAUACACUGAACAAAAUAAUAAACGCAACAUUUUUGCUUUUGCCCCUAUUUUUCAUGAGCUGAACUCAAAGAUCUAAGAUUUUUCUGUGUACACAAAAGGCCUAUUUCUCUCAAAUAUUGUUCACAAAUCUGCCUAAAUCUGUGUUAGUGAGCACUUCUCCUUUGCCGAGAUAAUCCCUUCACCUGUGGCAUAUCAAGAUGCUGAUUAGACAGCAUGAUUAUUGCAAAGGUGUGCCUUUCGUUGGCCACAAUAAAAGGCCACUCUAAAAUGGCAAAAACAAAAGUGUUGCGUUUAUAAUUUUGUUCAGUGUAUAUAAAUUAUCUUAAAGAUAAAUGCUAUAUCUAGUUGCUUUUGGAGUUGUUAUAGCGCAUCUUACCCCUAGUUCUGUGUUCCAGUAAAUUAUGAUUGAGAUCUACUACUGUAACAUCCACCCUCUAGUCCCGACUUACACCUGCCCCUCUGUAAAGCAAUUGGACCUGCUUGAGAACAUUUUGCAAAACCAAGCAAUUCUCCUCCAUGAUGCCAAUGUGCUGGUUUUGCUUCCGACAUAUGGGCAUCAAAACAAAUUGACAUCAGAAUGAAGUGAGCAUUUCUAUAUUUUCUCUGCAAAUACAGGUUGAGGGGCCAUAUCUCUUUUUGAAUCUAUCCAUUUGCCACCAUUUGUGCUAGCCUGAUAUGCAUAUGAUUUUCAAUGCUCUUUUAGUAGAGCACAGAUCACUAUGUCCAUGAAAGCUACACUCAUACAAUAGAUGUAUAAGCAUAUGUGUUAUUUUUAUGACCUUUCAAGGAAGGAAAGAUUGUACUUAUAAAAAUGGGGUAAAAGGAGAAAUAUUGAACAAAGAAUACAGGGUUUCUAGAAUUGAAAAUACAAUCUCACAGGGCAAUAUUUAUUAAGUGGUGAAAAGAUGAAUAGUUUUAAUGAGUUAAUUUUCUUUAAAAUGGCAUAAGAGAAUAUUAGCCUACAUUUUAGCUAGUCACACUAAGCUCUCAAAUAAGUUUUAGCACACCUUUGCCUUCACGGAGGUAUAUUUCACAUAGCAUCCACAUCGAUAGUCGAGUACCAAAAAUAAACUUUUCUCCCUGCACAUAAGAUCAAAUCCAGACAAUUGCUUUGGUCUCACUCAUCGCUUUAUCAUUGAGGAGAUGCUGAUAACCCUCUAGGCCAGGGAUGUCAAGCUCUGGACUCCCAGAUUUUUAUAACCUACAACUCACAGAAUUAAUUGAACAGAUGGACAGAAAAUCAUGGAAGUUGUAGUUCAGAAACAUUUGGAGGGCCAGAGUUCAAGAUGCCUGCUCAAGGCUUAGUGAGUCUGGAUUACCUGUUUCAUGUAGGCAAAACCUAGAUAUUCAAAUAUGUGUGUCCAUUUUUAGUAAGUUUUCAAUGAUUAAUUUUAAUGACAACAGUUCCCUCUCCUUCCCCCUGAAAAUAAAUUAUCUAUAUUUAUGACAGAGUCAUAUAAAAAGCAAAAAUUUUAUGAAACUCAAUACAAAUUCUGAGCACACAACUUUGACAGUUGCCCAUGAUUCUAAUAUUGAAUAAAACCCACAACCUAUUGGGAGUUCUGAGUAUAUUUCAUAAACCCAUAGCCAGUACUCAUCCGCAGUUUCACUUAUACAAAGACAUAAAUGAAACUGCCGCUCAAGGAAAGCUCUUUUCAUGUUUUUACUCAUACGAAGAAUGAACCAUUAUAUGUAGCUAGAGACUUACAGUCUGUAUGGUGUGUACAAGUGUGUACCUACCCUGGAAGGACAUGCCAUAAAAUUAUUAGGGGAAAGCUAAGAUCCACCUAUGUUACUUGGUGAAACUAAUAGCUGCAGUGCUUGGGGAGUUAUUUAAAAUUAAUCUGAAGAAUGUAUAUUUUGUUUUUAAACAAAACUUAAUUAUUAAAUGUUUAUUAAUUUCACAACGCUUAUUUUCUAUUUUUUAGGUUGCGAUUCAGCAAUAUUAUUUCCCAUGAGAUCACCCAAAAUUUAUGCAAGUGUGCAUCCAGUAGACAUGACCUUGGAAGCAUUCACGUUUUGCGUAUGGAUUAAAGUAACUGAGGCCUUGGACAAAACUAUUGUCUUCUCCUAUGGCACCAAGCGUAACCCUUACGAAAUCCAGCUAUACUUGAACAAUCAGUCGUCUGUACUCGUAAUAGGUGGUGGAAAUAACGUGGUAUCUGCUGAGAAUGUGUUUGAACCAGGACAGUGGUCACAGCUGUGUAGCACAUGGAGCUCAGAAGAUGGCCAUGUAGCAGUUUGGGCCAACGGAGAAAUUAAAGAACAGUUUUUUGACGUGUCAAAGGGUCGGGCCAUCCCUGACCGAGGAAUUUUCCAACUUGGUCAAGAAAAGAAUGGAUGCUGUGUAGGAGGGGGCUUUGACGAGUCAUUAGCAUUCUCUGGAAAAAUCACAGGCUUCAAUUUAUGGGAUAGAGUUCUCAGUGAUGAAGAGAUAGUGGCAACCGGAGCUGAAAAUGGUUGCAAUAUUCGGGGAAAUAUUGUUGGGUGGGGAACUACAGAAAUCCAGGCACAUGGGGGUUCUUUAUACGUCCAUUAGCUUUAGCACUUUUCAUAUGUGGGCACAUUUAUCACCAAAUGUGUCAGAAAGCUAACGUAAGAUAAAGCAUUUGAUACCUAACAACAUUAAUAUCAUGGUAAGACCUCAAACAUAUCAGCUCUUUUUAUUUAAGCUAUGUCUACUUGUGAAAAGAAUACUCAGUGUAGAAAAGUCAUAAAACACGUAACACAUACUGCACAUUCUCCUCCUUAUUUACUGUAACAGUGCAUACACUACAAACAGUUCUCCCAAAGGUAAAGACUACGAAGAGAGAAGCUAUAUCUUGGCCUUAGAAUUUCUUUAAAAUGUGAAUGCAAACAUGCAGCUAAGAAUCAAAUACACUUCUUAAGUCAAAAUAUAACCACUUGUUUUAAUUAACCAUUAUAUGUAAGUAUAUACUGCUGUACUAUAUUGUAAAUUGAAUUUGUAAGAAUUGCAAUAGAACUACUGUAUUUUUGUAAAAUUGUACCAUAGAUAAAUAACAAUAUCUCUAUCACGCUGUUCCAGAGUUGUCAAGCAAAACUAUAAAUACUAAAAUAUAAAUCACAAUAACCUUUAUUUUACCUUCCAUAUGAAUUUUGUUUUGUUCAUAGCACAUAGGUUCAGAUUUUCCAGUGUAACCUAUUUGGGAGGCCCCUAUCGUUUGGAAGAAAACCAACAGCACCCUUCCGAAUUCCAUAUUACCAAUCAACUGGUGCCCUAUCGGAUUAUCGUUAAUAUCUUAUGAUAUCAGUUGACCUGUUCUAUAUGUAUUCUGUUUACUUAUUUUAAGCAUUUUCUGUGUUUGCAAAGCUUGUUUUUACUAUAAAAUAAAUUAAAAUGUUUUUUAUUUUAAACACAAUUGCAAUUAUUUUCACAAA